GUUUGAAAUAAAGCAUUUAUUUACCUGGAUUUUCAACAGAGAAAAUUUGGAAAAUGGCUACGUUUAGCAGGUCAAAACCUAAGCGAUCUACGAGUCCUCUGCGAAAAAGUGCACCAGGUUCAUUGUUAAAAUCGAGCAGUAAGGACCUCAGAACCUCAUCAAGUCGUGGACUCGCCGCUUCGUUUGACGUUGGUGUGAAUCUUACCAGGACAGGCAUGUCAACUGGAGAGCUGUCGAAAAUUGAAAAUGAAUAUAUUAGAAAUCUGCAGCAACAGAUAUAUUUCCUUGAACUUGAGGCAAACUACUUGAGGGAACAAGCCAAGAAAGCCACAAUCAUUCCACCUCGAGUUACUGAAGAAGCAGACAAAAUGAUGAGAAAACUUCGGACACUUCAGAGUGAAUUGGAUGAUCGCAUCACAGAUCUUGCUAAGAAGGAAUCUGCCAUUAGAGUGUUGGAAGAUGAACGUGAAGCAGCAUUACGGCGAUUGAGGGAUGCUGAAGACAAUCACGCUCAUGAGAAGAAACAACUGGUCAAUGAGAUUGUGUCCUUAAAGAAAUACAAAGACAGUUCAACAAGGGAAAGUACCCGACGAGAAGUUCAUGUGAAGCAAGUGGAGACAGAGGCAAACAAAGGAUUAGAUGCUUUGAGAGAAGCUGAAGAAAGAAUAACAAUGUUGAGAACUCAGCUGGAGGACAAGACGGAGGAGUUCAACCAAUGCAGAGUUCAGUUGGAAGAAAGCCGUUCCCAAUGCUUGAAAUAUCAAACUCAACUUCGUGAAAUGGAAGAACGAUUCUUUCAAUCUGAUAUAAAGACAAAGGAAGAAGUCGGAAGAGAAUUGAGGGAAGAAAUAAGACAACUUCGUUUAGAAGGAAGACAGAAAGAAAUAAAUUCUCAACAGGACAGAACUCUUCGAACGAAGAUUCAAGAGGAUUGCACUUCACUGAUCAAAGAAAAUGCGGCUUUAGCAUCCCAAGUUGUUGAGCUGCGAAAACUGAUCGAUGCCGACCGAGCUCACGAAGACGAGAAGGCGGUCAGACGCCAAGCAAACAUUCAGGAGCUGGUGACAUUGAAGGACAGCGAAAGACGAUUACAACACGAAUUGCAAAUUACCAAAGAACAGCUCAGAAAUGAACAACUGAAAUACCGAGAAAUGACACAGAAGCUUACUCGGGAAGAACAAAACGCACUUCACGUGACGCUGAGCAAAAACAAACUGAAGAGCAAUGUGGAAGAAUUACAAAGUCUAAAUACAAUUCAAAGUGAUGAAAAUAUUACCUUACAACGGGAUAAACUCUUGCUGACAGACGAGAUUUGUGAUCUGCAAUCCAAGCUUGAUGACAAAAACGAAGAAGUCAUUGACUUAAAGACGCGUCUUCAUGACGCAGAGAGCAGAUGUUCGCAGCUUGAUGCUAAAGUGAAGAUGCAGAAAAACUUGGAAAGCAUUAAGUGGGAAGAAUUUCAUAAGUUAGCCAACACCAUGAGCCAAUUUUCAAGAAGUAUGAGCCCAAGGAGGGAGAGAGAGGUUGAUUAUGACGAUUAGGAUACAUAUUUAGAUAAAGAUUUUUUAAAUUUUUUACAAUGCUCAAAAUGUAGCAGGACCAAGUGAACUGACAUCAUCAUUGUAUUGUAGCUUGGUAGCUUCAACCUUAAUAGAGAAACUACUCUAUCUCGAUGACCGCGUGCUGAACGCCUCAACUUGACAAAGGUCUGGACCAUCAUUAAAAACAGAAACAAAACAAUGAGAAAGGUUUAACUGGGAA